UCUGAGGGUUACAGAACGAACAUGAUGAAGCUGAGCCCCGUUUAAAGCUGUUUGUCGUCGUGCUCUCCGGUGUUUGUCCCGGUGUGUCCCGGUGUGUCCCGGUGCUCUCCGGUGUGAAGAUGGCUCACCGAUACCUGCGACUGUCCGGCGGCUGCAGAACGCUGUUCCGCCUCCUGCUGCCCUCCAGGAGGCUGGUGUGUCAGACCACUGCUGGACAGGUAGAGGGGGGGCGGAGCCUGCUGACUGACCUGUUAGGAGCUUACAGGAGACUCAGCUCCAAACCUCCCAAAGGUUUUGAGAAAUAUUUUCCUGACAGUCAGAAAACUGCCAAACAAAGUGAAGCUGAAGCAGCAACCAAAGAAAGCAAACCUGCCAACACUCAGAGAGCGUCUGGGAAGUCAGCAGGAGGAGGAGGAGGCGCAGGAGGAGGAGGAGGAGCAGGAGGAGGAGGAGGCGCAGGAGGGAAACGAGGAGGCCGUAAGGAGGACUCUCACUGGUACAGUCGUCUGCAGAAGGGAGACGUGCCGUGGGACGAUCGGGAGUUCCGGAUGUAUUUCCUGAGCGGAGUCGCGUUCUGGACGACCGUCACUUAUUACUUUGUGCUGAGAGACGGAGGCAGAGAAGUCACCUGGAAGGACUUCGUCAACAACUACCUGUCCAAAGGAGUGGUUGAUCGAUUAGAAGUCGUCAAUAAACGUUACGUCAAAGUGGUUUUCUCUGCGGGGAAAACGCCGGUGGACGGACAGUACGUUUGGUUCAACAUCGGCAGCGUGGACACGUUUGAGAGGAACUUGGAGACGGCUCAGUACGAGCUCGGCAUCGAGGGCGAGAACCGGCUGCCGGUGGUUUAUUCCACCGAGAGCGACGGCACGUUCCUACUGAGCAUGCUCCCCACGGUGCUCAUCAUCGGCUUCCUGCUGUUCAUGCUGCGGCGGGGGCCAGCGGGGGCGGGGCGUCCCGGCCGCGGGAUGGGGGGGCUGUUCAGCGUCAGCGAGACGACGGCGAAGAUCCUGAAAGACGAGAUCGACGUGAAGUUCAAAGACGUGGCAGGAUGCGAGGAGGCAAAGCUCGAAAUCAUGGAGUUCGUCAACUUCCUGAAGAACCCGAAACAGUACCAGGACCUGGGGGCCAAGAUCCCUAAGGGAGCGAUCCUCACCGGUCCUCCUGGAACGGGGAAGACGCUGCUCGCCAAGGCGACGGCGGGCGAAGCCAACGUGCCGUUCAUCACCGUUAACGGCUCCGAGUUCCUGGAGAUGUUUGUGGGCGUCGGCCCCGCCAGGGUCAGAGAUCUGUUCGUCAUGGCGAGGAAGAACGCGCCCUGCAUCCUCUUCAUCGAUGAGAUCGACGCUGUCGGACGGAAGAGAGGACGAGGAAACUUCGGAGGGCAGAGCGAGCAGGAGAACACUCUGAACCAGCUGCUGGUGGAGAUGGACGGCUUCAACACAGCGACCAACGUCGUCGUUCUGGCAGGAACAAAUCGGCCCGACAUCCUGGACCCGGCGCUGAUGAGACCGGGCCGCUUCGACAGGCAGAUCUACAUCGGCCACCCCGACAUCAAAGGACGAUCGUCCAUCUUUAAAGUCCACCUGCGUCCUCUGAAGCUGGACCCUGAGAUGGACAAAGAGGCGCUGGCGAGGAAGAUGGCGGCGCUCACACCCGGAUUCUCAGGGGCCGACAUCGCCAACGUGUGUAACGAGGCAGCUCUGAUCGCCGCUCGCCACCUUUCGGACGCCAUCAACCAGAAACACUUCGAACAGGCGAUCGAGAGAGUGAUCGGAGGUCUGGAGAAGAAGACUCAGGUUCUGCAGCCGGAGGAGAAGAAGACGGUGGCGUUCCACGAGGCGGGUCACGCCGUCGCCGGCUGGUUCCUGGAGCACGCCGACCCGCUGCUGAAGGUGUCCAUCAUCCCGCGGGGGAAAGGCCUCGGCUACGCUCAGUACCUCCCGAAGGAGCAGUUCCUCUACACCAAGGAGCAGCUGCUGGACCGCAUGUGCAUGACUCUGGGAGGAAGAGUCGCAGAGCAGAUCUUCUUCAGCCGCAUCACCACCGGGGCUCAGGACGACCUGCGCAAGGUCACGCAGAGCGCCUACGCACAGAUCGUGCAGUUCGGGAUGAACGCUAAGGUGGGCCAGGUGUCCUUCGACCUCCCUCGGCAGGGCGAGAUGGUUCUGGAGAAACCGUACAGCGAGGCGACGGCUCGGCUCAUCGACACCGAGGUCCGAAUCCUGAUCAGCGAAGCGUACGAGAGAACGCACCAGCUGCUGAGCGAGAAGAAGGCCGAAGUGGAGAUGGUGGCGCUGCGGCUGCUGGAGAAGGAGGUUCUGGAUAAGAACGACAUGGUGGAGCUGCUCGGAAAACGUCCGUUCGCUGAGAAGUCGACGUACGAGGAGUUUGUGGAAGGAACCGGCGGCGAGGACGAGGACACGUCGCUGCCGGAGGGCCUGAAGGACUGGAACCAGGAGCGGAAGGAACGGGACGAGAGCACCGACGAACAGGUGGCCCGCCAGAUCUCUGGAGGAAUGCCUUUCUAGAACCCACAUGUUCCACUGUGGUUCCUCUGCAGCUCCAGAACCAGCUGGAGAACCCGCUCACCGACUCAGAACAUCAGAACAUUUGCUCACUCUUUAAAGUUCUUAGACGUUUGGGGCAGUGGCGCAGAACCUCAGACACUGCCCAGGUUCUCCCAGACCGAACAUCAAGAACGUUGGUUCUGCUCUGCGUGCUUGCAUCGCUAAAGCUUCAUUCUGUUCUGUUGGGUUCUGGGUUCUACUGCCACCCCCAUAAAUGCUGCCCACGUGUGUUGUUUGAAGUUCUAGAUAAACCUUGUCUCAAUCUGCGGGGCGCAGAACCCUCUCACUGCAAGAACCUUCUACAGUUCUAGAUCUUUGCAGAACCACCAAACUGAGUUAACAUGCAGGGAACGUUCUACAGAACCUCCGACAUGCGGCUCUAGAUCAUUCAUAUCACAAUAAAUAUUUCUACACAGAGAACUGUUCUUCCAUCAGAGAACCGACUUCUGUGCGAGUUCAGUACCACACAAACACUUGAUGGGUUCUACGUGAAUUACAGCACACAUAGAUCACAGAACAUGUUCCAGCUUUACGAACUAGAACCACCUCUGACGUUAAAGAACACAGUGUUCUCUGCAUUUAACUCUAGAACCUUCUUGCAUGCAGUGUUCAAGAACAAUCAGAUCAACACAGAUCUUCCUUAAGAACCGGUGGAGCUGUGGCCCAGGGUUCUGCAGUGUGCUCUUAUUGCAACAGAACCUGCUCAUCAAGUGUCUGAUGUUCUAAGGCUUUUAAAAUGUUCUCCGUGUAGUGUUCUAAAGUCUUCACAUUGACGGUACACAUGAGCUUCUCACUGUUCUCCAUGUUCCGACCAAUAGAACCUUUAUUACUGCUCUGAAUAGAACCCAUAGAACCGUAGAACCGUUCUGUGUUCUGUUGCAGCUUUGACCUGGAGAACGUCCGCAGAACCUUCCAGAGCAGCGAAAAGGUUCUCCCUGUGGUUCCUUGUCUCCGGCAGAACCUUCCACCAGUUAAAAACGUUAUUUAUAAAGUGAAGCCAGCAUCGUCACCAUGGUAACGGCACCAUUUUAAAGGUCCGACAGCGAUCGGUAUUGAUCAGUUAUUGAUUAGCUAGCUUGCUGUAUGAUGUGUCGGCUCAUGCUAACAGUGUAAAGAUGUAAAUGUGACUUCAUGAUGUUUUAAUAAAGUCAAUAAUCAAUAAUCAAUUAUUCAGAGCUUAAUGUUCAAAUGUGUAAUUUAUUUUAAUAAAAAGAAAAAUAUUAAAGAUUUAACAAAGAAAAGAAAUUAAAUAAUCAC